AUGGGAUUGCUUUCGCUUGGCACGCCUCUCGAUUGGCAUAGCUCUAGAAAGCACAAUGAGCAUAUCCGUGCAAAUGGUAUUACUCAGUUGAGAAACAUUUUCCGUCAGCAUGCGGGAAGAAAAAAUGAUCAUUUCUACUGGGGUGAUGAAGUGGAGUACAUGCUCCUCGACAUCAACCGCGAGAACAAGACCGCAAAGUUGGCCAUUGAUAAAGACUCGAUUUUAGAAGACUUGAAUGAUCCUCUGAAGCCGGAAAUUUCUGGGAAAGCUAUCAGCAACAACGUCAGUUUCCACCCAGAAUAUGGUCGCUACAUGAUUGAGGCUACACCCUUGAAACCCUAUGACGGAACACUUCUCAGUGACUUUCUGUAUGUUGAAGAGAACAUGAUCAAAAGAAGAGAGGUUGCGCAAUCCGAACUACCCUCAAAUAUCGUUCCUUUGACAUUCACCGCCUUUCCACGCAUGGGAUGCGGAGCUUUCACUUCUCCUAAGGCCAAGCCUAUCGGGCCCGCCUCUCAAUCUUUGUUUCUUCCUGAUGAGAUCAUCAAUAGACAUGCUAGAUUUCCGACAUUAACAGCCAACAUCAGAAAAAGACGCGGCCGUAAAGUGGCUAUUAACUUGCCAAUUUACCCAGAUGUGAACACUAAGUUGAUGGACGAUUCAAUUCCCCAUCGUGACUUGUUUCCAUCAGACCAGGAGCCCUGGCUUGGUGCUGCAAAGCCCGGUCAUGUUUACAUGGACUCUAUGGGUUUUGGCAUGGGAUCCUCGUGUCUCCAAGUCACAUUACAAGCGGCGAAUAUCGAGCAAGCUCGGUACGUGUACGACGGAUUGGCGCCUCUUACUCCAAUCAUGCUCGCGAUUUCUGCGGCCUCGCCUAUGUUUAAAGGAUUUUUGGUUGAUCAGGACGUGAGAUGGAAUGUCAUCAGUGGCGCUGUUGACGACCGUACGUUUGCCGAAGAGAAUGCUGAGCCUUUCGCCGGCUACGACUUGUUUGGGGGUUUGGACGUAUCUGAUCUGUUGAAAAGACACGUGGAAAGUUUGGGAGGCGGCCGCGGUGUAAAUGGUGACAAACUUGUCAACCGUUUCGGCGAUACUCUGAUGCAUUGCUCAGACGGAAAGCCUAUUCAAAAGCUCCCUAAGUCGCGAUAUGACUCGAUUGACUCGUAUUUGAGCGACGAGAAGUAUCAUAAAGACAGCUCGUACUUCAAGAAAGAGUACAACGAUAUCUACUCGCCCAUCAACAAGAAAAUUUACGACCAGCUUUCCAAAGAUGAGAACUUUGAUCAUCCAUUGGCGCAUCAUUUUGCCCAUUUAUUCAUUCGAGACCCUUUGGUAAUCUUCAGCGAAAUGCUUGACCAAAACAACGAAUUGGAAAAUGAUCAUUUUGAGAACAUUCAGCUGACAAACUGGCAGACUUUAAGAUUUAAGCCCCCAGCUUUGUAUCCUCAAGAUACUCCCACCGAAAUUUUAGCUCAAAAGCCUGGCUGGAGAGUCGAGUUUCGCCCUAUGGAGAUUCUGUUGAACGACUUUGAAAAUGCUGCGUACUCCGUUUUCAUAAUUUUGGCUAGUCAAGCUAUUCUUGAGUUCAACCCGGACUUUUACAUUCCUAUCCUGAGAAUUGAUGAAAACAUGAAAAUCGCUCAUAAAGUCGAUGCAGCUACACAAGAUACUUUUUGGUUCAAAAACCCAAAACGUUGGAAUGUUGACAAUGAGAUCUUCAAGGGUUUUGAUUUAUCUUGGUUUGACCGGUUCCUCAAUGAUGGAAAUGACUUACUCUGUAACAAUGCCGUUUAUCUCAAUGGAUAUAAUGACAGUAACGGAAACAUUCCACAGGAGUUCGAUGAUGAAGAGCCCAACGAGGUGAGAUUAACUGCAGACAAAAUCAUCAAUGGUGGCGACCACUUCCCCGGAUUAAUUCGCAUGAUUGUGAAAUAUGUAUCGAGAAAGUUGGUUCCAGAGGCCUGUAUCAGCAAUAACAAGCAUUGCAAAAUAGGCGUCGCUGCACAGCAGUUGACAGCAAUCCAGCAAUACUUGACAUUGGUGAGUGGCAGAGCCAGCGGUAAGAUACCCACCACAGCCCACUUCUUGAGAGAUUUUGUAGUUAAGCACCCAGACUACAAGGAAGAUUCGAAGGUGAGCGAGUUGAUCAACUUCGAUCUUGCUGAGUUGGCCGCCAACAUCACAACAUUGGACAUUAGCCAAGAAGAUUUGUUGAGUCGUUUCUUUGGACAAGAUAUAUUUAGCUACCUCAAGUCCAAGCAGGACUUGGCUGUAUGA